AAAUUGUCCGGUCUUGUGCAGUCACAGUCCCUGCCUCGGUUUGUUCUGGAUGCAAGCAGCUGAUAAGAACCCCUCUUCCCUGGUGAGGAAGGAGGUUUAAGCUUCCGGAUGUGACGCUUGCUCGAAUACACUCGAUUCACUGACCACCAUGGCGAACAUCAAGCUUGGCUUAGCGCUCGUGAGCAGCGUAGCGACAGCACUUGUCGUGCUGCAAUUGUUCCUGCUGAUUAGCAACUCCAACGUCAAUCAGCCGGUCAGGGUGCAAUCCCGGCUGCAAUGGAAACAGCGAGCAACCACAACAUCUUCGGCAACUUCUGCGUCUUCCGCGGCGGAGAAUGGAACCUUCUUACUUGGUGCUGGAAAGGCGGAUAUCACGGGGCCCGUGGCAGAAGUCAUCUUCAAUGGCUAUGCCAGCUUGGAUCAGGUCGGCUCUGGCCUUCGACAAAGGAUCUACUCCCGCGCUUUUAUCGUCGCGAAUCCACAGAACACAAGCGAUACCUUCAUCUAUCUCGUACUGGAUGCCUUGACGGGCGACACUGCUGUGCGGCAUGGUGUACUUGAAGGCCUCGCUGCUUUAGGUAGCGAGUAUACCAGAUAUGGAGAGCAGAACUUAGCUCUCACCGGGACUCAUUCCCACUCAGGCCCAGGUGCAUGGAUGAACUACCUCCUUCCUCAAAUCCCAACCAAGGGCUUCGAUAAGCAGAGCUACCAAGCUCUCGUGGAUGGUGUUCUACUCUCUAUUCAGCGGGCUCAUGAAAGCCUGGAGCCAGGGUCUCUCAGCUUCGGUUCUAUUGAUCUUGAAGACGCCAACAUCAACAGAAGCCCUUAUGCCUACGAUGCUAACCCUGCAGAUGAAAAGGCGAAAUAUUCUGCAAAUGUCGACAAGACGUUGACACUUCUGAGAUUCGAUAGAGCAUCCGACAGCAAAACAACAGCGGUAUUGUCCUUCUUCCCGGUCCAUGGAACGUCUAUGUAUGAAAACAAUACAUUGGUCACUGGGGAUAACAAAGGCGUCGCUGCGUGGCUCUUCGAGAGGAGCGUCCAGGACGAUGAAAACUUCGCGGAUGGCUUCGUCGCAGGCUUCUCCCAGUCUAAUGUCGGCGAUACCAGUCCGAAUGUCCUCGGAGCCUGGUGUGAAGAUGGUUCGGGAGAACGAUGUAAGUAUACGGACAGCACUUGUGGCGGGAAACCUGUAGACUGCCACGGCCGGGGGCCCUACUUUACCGAGAAAGAUAACGGCGCAAAAAGCUGUUUCGAGAUCGGGCGGCGUCAGUAUGAAGCCGCAAAGACAUUGUACAGUCAGCUGGACACGAGCCCGACAAAAAUUGUGCCCAACGAGGUCCGCUCGUUCCAUGUCUACCGCGACAUGUCGAACUACACCUUUCAGUCACCUUUCAACUCGAGCACUUUGACUACGUGCUCAGCAGCACUAGGUUUCUCAUUUGCCGCCGGCACUACUGAUGGGCCGGGGUAUUUUGACUUCACUCAAAAUGGCACUGGACCCGCAGAGUCCAAUCCUUUGUGGUACGUCGCCCGCGCAUUCGUCCACCAGCCAUCGGCGGCGCAGCAGGCUUGUCAGGCGCCUAAGGAAAUUCUACUUGACGUUGGUGCUGUCACACAGCCGUAUGCUUGGACGCCCAACAUCGUGGACAUCCAAGUCCUGCGUGUAGGGCAGUUGUUCCUCGUCAUUUCUACCAGUGAGGCGACUACAAUGUCUGGCAGGCGCUGGAAGGAAGCUAUCGCGACAUCUGCGAAGGAGGUGCUUUCUAUCGAGAACCCCCUUGUUGUUUUGGGAGCUCCGUCGAAUAGCUAUGCGCACUACGUAGCUACAGAGGAGGAAUAUGGAGUUCAACGUUACGAGGGGGCUUCUACUCUAUACGGCCCCAACACCCUGGCUGCAUAUGUGAACUUGACCCUGACAUAUCUACCAUAUCUUGGGGACACACCCAAUACAGCCAGUCUCCCAUCGCUGUCCACUGGCCUGGAGCCUCCGAUAAACACAGACACUUCAUUAAGCUUUAUCACGGGUGUGGUAUAUGAUGGGUCCCCUGUGGGGAAAGCUUUCGGGGAUGUUGUCUCGUCUCUCGAAAAUGCCACUUACUACCCUGGGGACACGGUCAAUGUGACAUUCGUGGGCGCAAACCCGCGGAAUAAUUUGCGACAGGAAUCGACUUUUGCCGCUGUGGAGAGACUGGAUCCGAGCACAGGCUCUUGGGUGGUGGUUCGCAAAGAUUCAGACUGGAAUCUUGUGUACAACUGGGUCAGGACAAGCACAGUGCUAGGCUAUAGCCAAGUUACUCUUCAGUGGGAAAUCGAAGACGACUACUACAACACUGGCAAUCCCAAUUCGCUGCAGGCUGGGACUUACCGGUUUCAUUACUAUGGGGACUCGAAAGCGUUGACAGGUAGGAUCACUGCCUUUGAGGGAAUCAGUGACUCUUUUGUUGUUGCGUUGAAUUGAGGACAAUCGCCGUGUUCUGGAUGUCGAGUUGUCGCAAUUUUAGGUUGCGAAUGCGAACAGAGGCGUCCAACAAAUCCAGUAGGCACUAGGCGAAUCACAAUACUACCAGCCGCAAGAGACAAUUUGUUAUUGAGUCAUAGAGUUGG